AUGUACAAUAUUUCAACGCGACUUGAUGCCUUGAAUAGACAACUCUUAAUUAUUUCUAAAUUGCAAAAGAUGGAUGGAGAAUGUAGUGUGUAUCCCACAACAGCAUGUAAAAAACAACAGGUAAUCGAAGUUGCACAUAAAAAUACAGAUCUGCUGCAAGAACGUGACAAUUUAAAGAGCAAAUUACAAUCUUUAUCAGAGGAUGAAUCUAAAAGGUGUGAGGAGGUUAAAAAAGAAGUGAAUAGAAUGAAACAUGCUGUAAAAGAAAAAGAAAAUGCUUUAAAUAGAGAGAGAGCAGAAUUUAUGGAUAUGAUUUUAGAACUUACAAACGUAAUUAAUAUACAAAAGAGACGAAUAUGUGAAGUAAGUGGUAUAUGUAAUAGUCAACUACAUAGCAUACAUGAAAGAAAUGAAGAAUUAUCUCAAAAGAAUAUCGAGAUAUCGGAGAUGAAAAAUAUGUUACAGUCAAGUAACUCUACUUUUAAAGAAAUGGAAGAGAAAAUAGAUCAUUUGCAAUAUUGUUUAUGUGAAGAAACAACGACUUGUAACCAGCUGAAACAAGAAUUAGAAACUUUCAAGGAAAAUCAUUUAUCUGAAUUGAGAAUAAAAGACAAAAUUAUAGAGGAACAAAAUAAAACAAUUUCAAAACAAAAGAAGUUAUUACAUGACAGUGAAGUGAUGGUCCAGCAAGUUGCUUCCGAAUUUAAUGAGCUUAAAGAUGAAUUAAACAAAGAAAGAACGAAAAAUGAAUCUUUGCAAAUAACAUUGAAUGAGAAUGAUACCAAAUUAAGCAAGAUAUAUUUAUCGCAAUGUGAAAAAUGUAGAACACUUAUAGUUGAAAUAGAUUAUUUAAAAAAAGAGAAACAAAAGGCAAUAGCACUUGCAAAAUUUGCUUAUCAAAAGUUGCAUCAAUCUGUGAAAGAAUAUAAAAAGAGACUCAUUUGUGAGAAACAGCAACACAGGUACAUGGCAUUGAUUAUUGAAGAAAGAGAACAUGAGAUAGGAUGUUUGAGGAAUCAAAUUUGUCAGAAUAACAUGAGAAUUAUUUAAAAAAGAAAUAGUUAUGUAGUAUGCAGACAAUUAAAUUUAGUUGUAAUUGUUUAUGUGAUUAUGAAGUUUUUUAAUAUACUCAAUAGAAUUAUAUAUGAAUAAAUAUUCAC